UUCAGCUUCUCAAUUCACCUCAUACCUCAAAAAUGUCCAAAACAUUCACCCCUGCCGAAGUGGCCUCCCACAAGACCGCCGAUGCGGGCCUUUACAUCAUCAUCGAUAACAACGUCUACGAUGUAACCAACUUUGUUGACGAGCACCCCGGCGGCGCAAAGAUCCUCAAGCGUGUAGCGGGCAAGGAUGCCUCGAAGCAGUUCUGGAAGUAUCACAACGAAGGCGUGCUGAAGAAGUACUCGCCCAAGCUGAAGAUCGGCGAGGUCAAAGAUGCCGCGAAACUGUGAAUAAUCUAUUGGAAAAUGAAGGAAAUAGACUUGAGUGUUUUUGGUUUCGGGGG